AUGGACGGCGACGAGGAGCGCAAGGAGGAGGGCGAGGUCUGGAGCCCCGAGGGCAAGUCGCAGGACGACUUCAUGCUCAAGGACGAGUGCAUCGUGCUCGACUACGGCGACAACGUCAUCGGCCACGACAACAAGUACAACUGCCACAAGUUCACCGUGGGCAUGCCCAAGGGCAUCCUGCACCGCGCGUUCUCGGUCAUGCUCUUCGACGUCGACGGUAAGCUGCUGCUCCAGCAGCGCGCGGGCGUGAAGAUCACCUUCGCCGACGUCUGGACGAACACGUGCUGCAGUCACCCGCUCCACGGCAUGUCGCCCAAGGAGGUCGACGACCCGGGCGCGACGCUCGGCGGCGACCCGGCCGGCGUCAAGGUCGCCGCGGUCCGGAAGCUCGACCACGAGCUCGGCAUCGCGCCGGGCGUCCUCGACCCGAAGAAGUUCACCUUCACGACGCGCGUCCACUACUUCGCCGCGGACCUCAAGACCCACGGGCCCGACGCGCCCUGGGGCGAGCACGAGAUCGACUACCUCCUGAUCUACAAGCUCGACUACCCGGGCUCCGAGCUCCAGCUCGCGCCGCACCCGCACGAGGUCUCCGCGACCAAGUGGGUCACGCAGGAGGAGCUCUUCCGCGAGAUGGAGGCCAAGGACAGCAUGCCCCUCUGGUCGCCCUGGUUCGAGAUCAUCGCGAAGAAGUUCCUCAAGACGUGGUGGGAGGACUUGGACGGCGUCGUCGCGGGCGAGCGGUGCGCGGACUACGGUUCCAUCCACCGCUUCGAC